CUCGGCAGCCACGCAAUUCUUUUGUGCAAAAUCCCACGGAAGCGCCUUCUAGACCGCCGCCUGCACUCGAAUUCCCUUUUGUCUCUUCCCGAAUUCCUCUGCAAGUGACUGCAGGCCGCACAACGGGCCUCCUGGCAGCUUCUCUGCUUUAUACCCCGCUGGUUCCGUCACAAUGUCGACAAUGGCCACAUCCGCGCCGCCAGAGGACCAGGCUAGGCUCCUCGAGGAUGCUCUGGUAGCCGUCCGCCAGCAGACAUCGCUCAUGCGCAAAUGCAUCGACACGCCAGGCAAGCUGAUGGACGCUCUCAAGUGCUGCUCUACCCUCGUCUCCGAAUUGCGAACAAGCAGCCUCGGCCCCAAGCAGUACUAUGAACUCUAUAUGGCCGUCUUUGAUGCCCUCCGCUACCUCUCCGUCCACCUCCGCGAGAACCACCCCGUCAACCACCUCGCCGACCUCUACGAGCUUGUCCAGUAUGCCGGUAACAUUAUUCCCCGAUUAUAUCUCAUGAUUACAGUGGGCACGGCCUACAUGUCCAUUGCUGAGGCCCCCGUCAAGGAGCUCAUGAAGGACAUGAUGGACAUGAGCCGUGGUGUCCAGCACCCCAUCCGCGGCCUCUUCCUGCGAUACUACAUGUCUGGCCAGGCGAGGGAUUACCUGCCCACCGGCGACAGCGACGGCCCCGAAGGCAACCUCAACGACUCCAUCAACUUUAUUCUUACCAACUUUGUCGAAAUGAACAAGCUCUGGGUCCGUCUGCAGCACCAGGGUCACUCCCGCGAGCGUGAGCAGCGUAUCCGCGAGAGACGUGAGCUCCAGCUGCUUGUUGGCAGCAACAUUGUCCGUCUGAGCCAAUUGGUCGAUCUCCCCACCUACAAGACUAGCAUUCUUAGCCCGCUGCUGGAACAGGUCGUUCAGUGCCGCGACGUCCUUGCCCAAGAAUAUCUCCUCGAAGUCAUCACUCAGGUCUUCCCCGACGAAUUCCACCUGCACACCCUCGACCAGUUCCUCGCCGCCGUGUCCCGCCUAAACCCUCAUGUCAAUGUCAAGGCUAUCGUUAUUGGUCUGAUGGACCGCCUCUCCGACUUUGCCGAGCGAGACGGAAACCCCGAAAAGACGUCAGAGCGCGGUCAAAUGGAAACCGAAGCGCUUGCUGCUUUGCUAGAAAAGACGAAACUUGAACAGGAAGCUGAAAAGGCCAAGCCAAAGCCAACCGAGGGCGACGAGGGUGACGAAGCAAACACCGAAGCUACCGCGGCCGAGAAUGGCGACGAUGCUGAUAAGCCCACUGAACCUGCCGACGGUGAAGAGGCUCCCAAGACAGAGGGUGGUGCCAAUGGCGAGGGUGCUGAUGCUGCUGCCAAGAAACCCUUGUAUGAGGUGUUCUUUUCUCAAGUCAAGAACCUAGUUGAGGCUCAGCACUUGCCCAUACAAGAUACCAUUGCGCUGCUGGUUUCUCUCUUGAACCUUGCUCUGAACAACUACCCCGAUCGCCUCGACUAUGUCGACCAGAUCCUCUCAUAUGCUACUAUUAAGACGAAAGAAAAUAUCAACAAUGCCGACCUUCACUCCGUACCCGCUCAGCAAAGCCUACUUGCUUUGCUGCAGGCCCCUCUCGACCGAUAUGUUUCCAUCUUUACUGCCCUAUCCCUGCCGACCUAUGUCUCGCUUUUCCAAGCCCAGUCUUAUCCCACCCGUCGCGCCGUCGCUGGUGGUAUUAUCCGAACCCUACUAAAAGACCAGACCAAGAUUAGCCAGGUCGACCAGAUGGAGCAUGUGCUCAACAUCAUGGCUGUGCUUAUCAAGGAGGGCUCCCAAAAUGGCCAAGGAUACACGGGCAAUGCCCCGCGCAGAAACAUUGAAACAGACGAGACGCUACAAGAGCAGGGCUGGUUGGCCAGACUCGUUCACUUGGUGGAUUCCGAGACCAACGAUACACAGUUUAAGCUCUUGCAAAUGGUCCGCAAGGCGUACGCUGAUGGUGGAGACCGCAUUCGCACGACCACACCACCUCUUAUUACCGGCUGCCUAAAGCUUGCACGACGAUUCAAGACUCGUGACGGCCUCGACGACAACUGGGAGACGCAGAGCAACGCGCUGUUCAAGUUUAUGCACUCGGCACUUAGCACUUUAUACUCUCGCGUAACUGGUGCUGGUGUUGCAGAGAUGACACUGCGCUUGUUCUGUGCUGCUGGUCAGGCUGCCGAUAUGACAGGUUUCGAGGAAGCCGCAUAUGAGUUUUACGCGCAGGCGUUUGUUAUUUACGAAGAGGCUGUAUCUGAUUCCAAGGCACAGUUCCAGGCGGUUUGUGCCAUUGCCACAUCGCUGCACCAGACGCGAAACUUUGGCAAGGAAAACUACGAUACUCUUAUUACCAAGUGUGCACAGCACGGCAGCAAGCUCCUGCGCAAGCCAGACCAAUGCCGAGCCGUUUAUUUGGCCAGCCACUUGUGGUGGGCGACGCCUAUCCAGGGCAACAAGGAGACUGAAGAAACCGAUCUCUACCGCGAUGGAAAGCGAGUGCUUGAAUGCCUGCAGCGUGCCCUGCGCGUGGCCGACUCGUGCAUGGAGACAGCCACUUCGAUUGAGCUGUUUGUCGAGAUUCUCGACCGCUACGUGUACUACUUUGACCAGCAAAACGACUCUGUGACGACCAAGUACCUGAACGGCCUGAUUGAGCUGAUUCAUUCGAAUUUGGCGGGCAACCAGCAGGAGUCUGCGUCUGUGGAGGUGAGCAAGAAGCACUUCCACCAGACACUGGAGAACAUCCGCAGCCGACAGUACGAAGGCAUCGUGUUGUACCCUUCGUAAGCGGUUUACGAAUGUCUUGUGCAAUCUGUAGUCUACUGCUUAAAGACGUGUUUGAAAAAAGGAUGGAGGAUGGGGGAAUGCAUGCGGAGGCAACGCUGUACAUUUUACAUUAUCCUUUGCUAAGCGAGGAUACAUUUUGUUUUUUCUUUUGCUUUCUUUCCAUGGAACAGUGCGGUAAACUAGUUUUCUUAUAGUCUCUCGAAAGUUCUAUCAGUGUGGCGGAAAGCUUGCUAUAAAAUCAUUAAGAGAGAGAGAGAGAGAUCAACUAUAAUGAAUAUUCAUCAACUAUGC